AUGGAUUUAAUAUGGGUCCCUAUGUUCAGGCUACAGACUCUAUUGGAUACUAUCACUGCUGCUAUCUUGGAAAAGAAAGCUAAUGGACUAAGUACUUCUCAAUGUUUGGACUCUUCAAAUUUCUUAGGAACUUCAGCACACAUGCCUUUGAAUGUGAUUUUAGGCCAGCACAGUGGCUUUGAAGAUCCAAAGUUUGAGAUUAUCAAGGAAGUUGGAGAUAAUGGCGAGAAUACCACUAUUUUUGUGCUCUUAUCCAAAGAAAAGAUACCCUUAGUUCAUAAUUUGUUCCUACGGGAUACCCUUGAUGUCAUUAAUCCAAAUUCAAAGAAUAGAACAAUACCCAAGAAGUAUUCUUCAAUAUUAUCCAUACCAUUUCCAAAAGAUAUUCAAAUCAGUUCAACAAAAAUCUUUCAUGCUUCUUUGAAGCGAGAUUCUCAAAAGUCAUCAUGUCUCAACACUACAAAUCUCCAGAUUGAUUUUUCCAUUGAGCACCAUGAUGAAAAAUCAUGCUGA